CACUCGGGCGCCAGCGGGGAGGCGGAGCGGACGGCGUGGACGGCGAUGGCCGGGUAAAUGCGGGGCAAGGACAAACUGUUGCCCACAGACCCCGGUCCUCCAGGAGCAGCACGGCCAGCCCAGGGCCCAGUGUGAGGCAGUGAUGCCGCUGAGCCUGGAGCCCAUGACCAGCUUCCCUCUGCUGGCUGUGACAAGCAGCCUGGUACCAGAAUUGCCUGGCGGCCCCAAUGGAUCCUUCAACAGUUCCUGGGCCAGCCCAGCGGAACCCAGCUCCCUGCAGGACCUGGUAGCUGUGGGGAUCCUGGGGGCCGUGCUCUCAGCCAUGGGUGCCUUGGGCGUGGCAGGCAAUGUGUACACGCUGGUUGUCGUGUGCCGCUUCCUCCGGGCCUCAGCCUCCAUGUAUGUCUACGUGGUCAACCUGGCACUGGCUGACCUGCUUUACCUGCUCAGCAUCCCCUUCAUCGUGGCCACCUACAUCACCAAGGACUGGCACUUCGGCGAUGUGGGCUGCCGCGUCCUCUUCAGCCUAGACUUCCUGACCAUGCAUGCCAGCAUCUUCACACUGACUGUCAUGAGCAGUGAGCGUUAUGCAGCGGUGCUCAGGCCUCUGGACACUGCACGGCGCUCAAAGGGCUACCGCAAGCUGCUGGCAAUGGGCACUUGGCUACUGGCUUUGCUGCUGACCCUGCCCAUGAUGCUGGCCAUCCGGCUGGUGCCCCGGGGCCCCAAGCACCUUUGCCUGCCAGCCUGGGGUCCACGUGCCCACCGCACCUACCUGACAGUGCUGUUUGGGACAAGCAUCGUGGGGCCAGGCCUGGUCAUCGGGCUGCUGUAUGUGCGCCUGGCCCGUGCCUACUGGCGGUCUCAGCAGGCCUCCUUCAAGCAAACACGCCGGCUGCCCAGCCCGAGGGUGCUGUACCUCAUCCUGAGCAUCGUGCUGCUCUUCUGGGCCUGCUUCCUGCCCUUCUGGCUGUGGCAGCUGCUGGCCCAGUACCUUGAGGCACUGCCCCUCACACCUCGCACCGCACGCAUAGUCAACUACCUGACCACCUGCCUCACUUACGGCAACAGCUGUGUGAACCCCUUCCUCUACACGCUGCUCUCCAAGAACUUCCGAGAGCAUCAGCGCCGCCGUUUGCAUGCACCGGGGAGCAGCAGUGGCUGUGGGCGUGCGGGCACCACCAGCUUCCUGCUCAGCCAGACCCACACUCAAUGCGACCCGGGCCGCUCGCUGUCCUCCAGCAGCCAGCAAGCCACUGAGACCCUCCUGCUGUCCCCAGCCCUGGGAGGGGCCUGUGUCUGAGCCCCUAGGGACAGUGUGGGUAGGGGUGUGAGAGGCCAGGCUGGGAAGCCAAGGUCACAGCAGAACCCCUACUCCUGGUCCUGCCUCCUCUGCAGUCCUCUUCCCAAAAGCCCCUGCUGUCCUCCUCGUCGCUCCCCUCCACUCCAUCAGUUCCUCCCCAUGGUGACAGUGCCCCAUGCACAGACCACCUCCAGGGCCUUCAGGGGCCUCUGCCCAGACCUGGCUUCUGCAGAUGGUGAGCUGAGCCCCACACCCAACCUCCUACCCAGAGCACAGGACGCCGGCACCUGCCUUGUCCACCUGUCCUACCCACCUGCCCCACCUGGCUUCUGUGGGGCUUUUUCUUCUGUGGCUUCUUAUGUGUCCUCCUCCUUCAGCACUUGGAGCAACAAGCCCAAAGGAAGAAAGGGUGUUCCAGGCCUGGGAGGGACCCCACAGCAUGCAGAGGAGUCUGUGCCUUUGAGGCUUGUGCUGGCCCUGUGGCUAGUGCUGCUCAUCAUCAGGGUGGGGAAGGUGGGCAGAAGGGCAGGCCUGCCAAGGGUGGGAGGAGGACCACCCAGCUAUGAUCACAUUGAUGACACAGAGAGCAGGCCUCAGGCGGCAGCACAGCCCAUACCAGACUCAAGUUGGCAGUGACGAUACUCACGGUGCCCCAGGACGGACCACUGACCUCUACUACCAUUUUCUCCCUGGUUGACUAUUCCAUGGCCAGACCUGGGAACAGUGCUGAUGUCCCCUCCCUAGUCCCUCCACAGCAUCCACCCUCCCGCCAGCCCCCUUAGAACCCUGGACAGAGGACACCUGUUCUCUUCUCCACAGGGGGCUCCCUAGAGACAGAGUCUCAGGAUGGGACAGUGUCUGGAGCAGCAGGACAGUCACUGUCGGGAUGAGGUGCAUGUGGUGGCUGCCCAGAUGUCCAGGAAGAGGCGGGCAUAGGGUGCAGGGUGUUUCUGGACCUGGACGGUCAUGGCUGGACCGUGCCUGGAAUCGUGUGUUUCACUGUGGCUAAAAUGGCAAGUUUGUGACAAGUAUCUUACCUUAAAAACAAAAAGGGCUAGGGUGUAGUGGCUCAGUGGUAAAGUGCGCACCCCACAUGCACUAGACCCUGGGUUCUACCCUCAGCACUGCAAGAUAAACAAGCAAAGACGAAAGGGGGUGGGGCAGUGGAGGGCAUGGGGGCACAUGGGUGUCCUGCCUGCCUCUUGAUGGGGUGGGGUGCGGGGGCUUCAAGGUUUUAGAAAUCCUUUUUCUUUCUUGACCAAAACCCAAUUCCUAAAGCUUUAUCUCUAUAAAGAAAUGAAAGCAAAAUUAAAGUUGAAAAUUCAAG